AUGGCAGGCGACGGCAUUGCCUUCUUCAUCUUCCGACUCUUCAUAUUGAACCAGAUCCUAGGAAGGGUCCCUCGUCCAACAGCUUCAUUUGAGGGCAAGACAAUUAUAAUCACUGGAGCCAACACGGGAUUGGGCUUUGAAGCGGCAAGGCACAUAAUCAAGCUCGGGGCUGCUAGGCUGAUCAUAGCGGUGCGCUCAACUGAAAAGGGCAAAGCCGCCAAAAGCUUCCUUGCAGAAUCUACAGGGUGUGACCCCGCAAUCUUGGAAGUAUGGCCUGUGGACCUGGCGAGCUAUGCCAGCGUCAAGGCAUUUGCCGCGCGAGCAAUCGCCGAGCUGCCCCGGAUCGAUGCGCUGAUCGAGAAUGCGGGGAUCGCUUCUGAGAAGUGGUCAUGGGCUGAGGAUAACGAGAGCAUGGUAACGGUCAAUGUUGUCUCGACCUUUUUGUUGGCUCUGCUGCUCCUACCAAAGCUCAGAGAGACUGCUGCCCGUUACAACACGAGACCUAACUUGACUGUUGUCUCGAGUGACAUGCACUAUACAGUCGACUUCAACGAGAAGGAUGCUCCCGAGGGCAUCUUCAACAGCCUGAAUAACGAGAAAGGGGCGGACAUGGUCAGUCGCUAUCCAAUCACCAAGCUCCUCGAGGUAUUCAUUGUGCGCGAGAUGGCGGCUCGGAGGCCCGUAGAGCUAUGUCCGGUCACUAUCAACACCACAAAUCCCGGGCUCUGCAGCAGUGGACUGGGAGGCGGCGAGGAGGGUCUACUGUUCAAAGUCGGGUCCUUCCUGUUUGCGCGUUCGGCUGAGGUCGGCUCUCGGAACUUAGUUUACAGUGCUAGCGCAGGUGCUGAGACUCACGGCCAAUACCUCGACAGGUGUAAGAUACAACAGCCUGCUACUAUUGUCACGGGCCCUGGGGGUAAGACCACGCAAGAAAUAGUAUGGGAUGAGCUUAUCGCCAAGUUGGAGAAGGUCCAGCCGGGAAUCACGGGCAAUCUAUAG